GAGCAGGACGUCUCACCUCGGCCUCCAAGAUGCAGAUCAGUCUGCUGUCUCUUCUGGGGGCUUUAAACUACGGAGUCGGCGUUGUGUCUACAGCUGUGAACGUGGCUCUCGUAGGACACGCCAUCCAGUCCAGCUCCGCUCCAGGCCAGGGUGAAGCCCACCGCUCAAUAGACGGCGUCACCAACACCGACUACCUGAAAGGAUCGUGCAGCAGAACCACCUAUGAGUUCCAGCCGUGGUGGGCCGUGGACCUGAGACGUGGCUACAUGAUCUCUAACGUAACCAUCACUAAUCAGGCCGGGACGCUGGCCACGCAGAGUCCGUGGGCCGAGAUUCACAUCGGGGAGAGCAUGGAGGGGUUUGGAGUAUAUAACGCCAGAUGUGCCACCAUCACCUCCAUGGCCGCAGGAGAGACCAGGUCGUUUCAGUGCGGUGGGCUCGUCGGACGCUACGUCACCAUCAUCAUACCGAACCGGUCCGAUGUCCUGACUCUGUGCGAGGUGCAAGUGGCGGCUAUCGACGUGCCAGAGCGACAGCUUGGGCUCAUGUUUAAAGCUGUGUCUGACGUAGGAGGAAACGCUUUACUGGAGGCGCAGGUCAAAAACUUCUUUAUACAGCAGGCAAUGAAGAUAAAGCCCAACAUAAACACACUGAAAAAGGGAAGUGACAAGGUUCUGGAGCGGGACAGCCAAACCUGCGUCCCAAUGAAGACCACCAUCCAGGAUCAGACAACAAUUAAUUAAUAGUUAUCCAAUGUCCUGUACAUGAU